AUGGUGAGGCUUGUGCUGCCCAACCCUGGCCUAGAGGACCGAAUUCCAUCUCUGGAUGAAUUAGAGGUCAUUGAAAAGGAAGAAGCCAGCUCCAGGCCCAAAUGGGACAACAAGGCCCAGUACAUGCUCACUUGUGUGGGCUUCUGUGUGGGACUGGGCAACGUGUGGCGUUUUCCCUACCUAUGCCAGAGCCAUGGAGGAGGAGCCUUCAUGAUCCCAUUUCUUAUCCUUCUGGUACUGGAGGGCAUUCCCUUGCUGCACCUGGAAUUUGCCAUCGGCCAGCGGCUACGCAAGGGCAGUGUGGGUGUGUGGAACUCCAUCCACCCAGCUCUGAAGGGUGUAGGCAUUGCCUCCAUGUUUGUGUCCUUCAUGGUGGGCCUGUACUACAACACGAUCAUCGCCUGGGUCAUGUGGUAUUUCUUCAACUCCUUUCAAGAUCCUCUGCCAUGGAGUGAGUGUCCACUCAACGGAAACCAGACAGGCUACGUGGAAGAGUGUGCCAAGAGCUCUUCCGUGGACUACUUCUGGUACCGCGAGACUCUCAACAUCUCCACGUCCAUAGAUGAUUCAGGCUCUGUUCAGUGGUGGAUCCUGCUCUGCCUGACGUGUGCCUGGAGUGUGCUGUAUGUGUGUGUUAUCCGCGGCAUCGAGACCACUGGGAAGGCUGUGUACAUCACCUCCACCCUGCCCUAUGUGGUGCUAACCAUCUUUCUCAUCCGUGGCUUGACUCUGAAGGGCGCCACCAACGGUAUUGUCUUCCUCUUCACACCCAAUAUUACGGAACUGACCAACCCCAACACGUGGCUGGAUGCCGGUUCUCAGGUCUUCUACUCCUUCUCACUGGCCUUCGGUGGCCUCAUCUCCUUCUCCAGCUACAACUCUGUGCACAAUAAUUGUGAGAUGGACUCUGUGAUAGUGUCCAUCAUCAACGGCUUCACAUCCGUGUAUGCAGCCACCGUGGUCUAUUCCAUCAUCGGCUUCAGAGCCACUGAGCGCUUUGACAACUGUGUCAACACAAACAUCCUGACUCUCAUCAACGGGUUCGACCUGCCUGAGGGCAGUGUGACUGCAGAGAACUUUGAGGCCCUUCAGCAGUGGUACAAUGCCACCAAUCCUGAGGUCUAUGCACAGCUGAAGUUCCAGACCUGUGACAUGAACGCCUUGCUUUCUGAGGGUGUGGAGGGCACAGGUCUGGCCUUCAUUGUCUUCACUGAAGCCAUCACAAAGAUGCCAGUGUCGCCGCUGUGGUCGGUGCUCUUCUUUAUCAUGCUCUUCUGCCUGGGCCUCUCCUCCAUGUUUGGGAACAUGGAGGGGGUGGUUGUACCCCUUCAGGACCUCAAUCUCAUCCCUAAGAAGUGGCCCAAAGAGCUGAUGACAGGCCUCAUCUGCUUGGGGAUGUAUCUUAUCGCCUUCAUUUUCACACUGAAUUCGGGCCAAUACUGGCUCUCCCUUCUGGACAACUAUGCUGGUUCCAUCCCUCUGCUCAUCAUCGCCUUUUGUGAGAUGUUUGCUGUCGUCUACGUGUAUGGAGUGGACAGGUUCAACAAGGACGUCGAAUUCAUGAUUGGCCACAAGCCCAACAUCUUCUGGCAAAUUACAUGGAGAGUGGUCAGUCCACUGAUCAUGCUGGUCAUCUUCCUCUUCUUUUUUGUUAAUGAGGUCAACCAACAACUCAUGUAUAGCAUCUGGGACCCUGACUAUGAGGACUUCCCCAAAAUGCAGAAGAUCGCAUAUCCCAACUGGGUGUAUGCGGUGGUGGUCAUUGUGGCCGGGAUACCCUGCCUCACCAUUCCCAGCUUUGCCAUCUACAAGCUCCUCAGAAACCGUUGCCAGAAGUCUGGGGACCACCUUGGGCUGGUCAAUACAAUGUCCACAGCCUCUGUGAAUGGUGACCUGAAGAACUGA